CCACUAUUCCUACUUCUCCUACCGCACUACUCUAAGCUAAUUUCCACAUAUCCUCCUCCAACUAAUCCAUCACCAAAAGCCCGAAGGAAUCAACUCACCAUGCCAACAACAAACCACCACCUCCGAAACCCUACCCCCCAGGAGCUUAUCCAUAUCCGCAGCACGCACAGAGAAUACUGGGGCACCCACCUAACACUGAAGCAAUACCUCUAUCGCGAGGAAGUCCUCUCAAGCACAACCUUAACAGGGAACGGUGGGUUGACAAGUUGGGCCCUUGUAGACCCCACCACCAACCCGGCUACACUCCUCGCUUCCUGCGAGAGCAUCCGCAAAGAGGUGUUUGUCAUGGAAGCCGGAAGUAAUGAGGUGCGCGUUAGCCAUGGACACUGCAUUGGGAGCGUUUUCACCCCGCCCGAUAUGAGAGGGAAAGGGUAUGCCAGCAUUAUGUUGAAGUUGCUAGCAGAGAAGCUGAGGUGGCAUGGCGGAAAGAGUGCUUUGAGUGCUCUCUACUCGGAUAUUGGGAAGGUGGGAGAUGUUUCUUGUCGAGCUGCGUAUGUAGUAGUAUUGGGGAAAGCUAAUAUUUUCCUGUCCCGGUCAGAAAUUCUACAAGAGGCUGGGAUGGCAUCCUCACUCUUCUCUCCACCUUGACAUCCCCGUAUCCCCUAGUUCACCCCCCUCCACAACCGCAGACAAGACAACCCCGCUGAAAACCUCCUCCCUUCCUCCCCUCUGCACUCAGGACAUUGAAGCCCUAAAAGCCAGCUUGACCUCCACCCCCGCCCUCAAGCCCCGCAUCGCCUUCCACCCCGAUUCAAAAACCUAUGAUUGGCACUUUGCCCGUGCAGAGCACCUUGCCAGCGUCACCAACCGCCCCCCUCCCACCACUAAAGGUGCAAUCACGGCCUCGGGCUCAGCGUGGAUCGUCUGGACCCACGACUUUCAAAAGGACGAGCCGAAGUUGCACGUCCUGCGCGUAGCGGGCGAGCCCAGUAAGGAGGAUGCAAAGGACUUGCUGGCCGCGGCGUUGGUCGAGGCGAGGGAGUGGGGGCUCACGUGCGUGCAGUCUUGGAGUCCGAAGGAGGCAGUGGAGGAGGCCGGAAAGGAACUCGGCGGACAGGUGGUUGAGAGGGAGGCAGACGGGAUUCCCAGCGUCAUGAUGUAUGAGCCCGGAAUGGGGAGUGAAGUUGGGGAAGUGGAAUGGUUUGUUAAUGAGAGGUUUGCCUGGUGUUGAGUUCGAUCGGGUGAUAGCGGUGGUGUCGGCGUUUUGCUUUGCUAUUUCCUUUCUCCUUUGUUUCUCUUCUCAUUAACUUAAACCCUUUCGUUGGUCAUUGAUGGUCAUGCACGAUAAUAGAAGUUAGUGAUGGC